AUGUUCAGAUCCUCUAAUUCGUUGUUGAAACUUGCGUUGACAAGGAGGACAUUGGCAACAGGCAAUGUCGUAAAAUCUAGUGGUAAACCGGGAGCGACAGCAGGUCUGACGAAAACAAGCCCUGUACGCAGGAUUCUGCUUCGCGUUUCUCUUGCGGUUUCUCUGUUCUAUGCAGGUGGAAUUGCUCUUUCUGAGUACAAUGAUAGUUUUGGAGAUUUAUUCGUUGAUAACGUGCCAUUUGCAGAGAAUUUAGUUGAUUUGGUGGAAUCAUAUCGUUAUUUCGUUUCACCUCCGCUGACUCUGGAAGAGCUGAGAUCCAAAUUUGGGGCUGUUCUAGGGGAAAAAGUGCUUUCGGUUCCUCAAGAAGGUGUCAAGGCUGGGUCUGUGGAUAAAAAGUCUAUGGUAUUACAGAUGUCUGACAAUGCAAAUGAUCCUCUAGAAACAAUUACUCAGAGUAAAGAUGCAACUUUGCUGAAAUUGGGUCCCAUCACAGCUAUGAUGGACUCCAACACACCUGAAGCUACUGAGUUUAAUUGUAUUAUAAAUAGCCUGAACGAGACAGUUUCAAGAAUCAAUAAUCAUACCGUAACGCUUUCGAAGUCUCAAUACGGCGAUAUACUGGAAGCAUACCAAAAGCUUACGUCAUCUGUUUGUUUGUUUGAAAAAGACUUUCAAGCCAUUAUAAAUGAUGAAAUGAGUUCAAGAACGCAACAAAUUCUUAAGGAGACAAAUGAUAAAUACAAAUUGAAGUUAAAGGAAGAAGAAAACGCCCUUACUGAGAAGUUUCUUCAAGAGCUCCAUGAAUUCAAGAACAAUUUAGAAGAGCGCUCUUCAAAACAAUUACAAGAAGAUUUGAAGGCAAAUGAACAGACUUUGCUUGCCAAACAUGCGAACGAAGUUGCUUUGUUAUCUAUUACUCAAGUAGAAGAGUUCAACAAAAUACUGAAGGAAAAGUUGGAUACUGAAAGAGAUGGAAGAUUGGCACAUCUGAAAGAAUUAGACUCAAGCGUUGGCGAUUUAGGUCAAUCAGUGGAAAAAUUGAAUCAUCUUCUAAUGAAAAGAGAAGCUAUUACUCAAAUAACUUUAACAUUGAAUGAAAUUAAAUCAAAAUUGAACUCUUCGAGUGAACGAAGUUUGAAUUUGACAAAAGAAAUACAAAGAUUGAAAACUCUGUCGGACAUUAUACCAGAUAAACCUAAACCCUGCUGCAAAUCUAAGGAUUCGUAUCCAUCAUUACUUGACAUUGCAAUUUCAGAAUUGAGCGAUCUUACUAAAGAAAAAGAAAUCCUAUCCAAUGAACAAUUGUAUAGCAGAUGGAACCUAUUGGAGAGCGAUUUCAAAACUGCAUCAUUAUUACCACCGAACGCUGGUAUUCUAGGUCACACGUUUGCUAAAAUUUGUUCCUUUUUCAUCUUUACUAAAAAAGGUUCUUCGCCAAGUAGUAACGAUUUCGAUAGCGUCUUUGCAAGAGUAAAUGAGAAUUUGAGACUCGCAAAACUUGACAAGGCUGUUGAAGAAGUUGUUUCUUUAAAAGGUUGGCCACACAUUCUCGGUAAAAAUUGGAUUGCCGAUGCAAGAAGGAAAAUCGAGGUCGAAUCUUUAGUCAACGUGCUAGAAUGUGAGGUAAGAACUCUUUAA